AUGGCGGCGAUUUGUUCCGAAGAUAGCUAUGAAUUCGUCGCACCAAAUAUUUGUACAGAUGCUUUCAAUAAGAUGGAAGACUUAUUUUCUUCUGGAGAACUUUUUGAUGUUACACUAAUAGUUGGCGAAAAAAAGAUAAAAGCUCAUCGUAUUGUGUUGGCAUCUGUAAGCCCGUACUUUAAAGCAAUGUUUACGAAUAGAAUGUCUGAGUCAAGUCAAGAUGUUAUCACGAUUAAAGAUGUUGAAGAAGACGUUUUUCUAUUAUUAAUUCGAUUUAUUUAUUCCCAUCGCAUAAUGAUCUGUGUUGAUAAUGUACAAAGCUUACUUCAAUGUGCUAAUAUUCUGCAAAUCGACUCCGUCGUGAACGCUUGUUGUGAUUUCAUCUAUAGCCAUUUGAGUAUCUCAAACUGUCUUAGUGUGAGAGAUUUUGUCGACUUCAACGGUUGUGUCAAACUGGUUCGCAAAGUUGAUGCAUUCAUUAAGUUGCAUUUUUUAGAGGUGACAAAAUCUGAGGAAUUUCUUGACGUAACCGUUGAUCAUCUAAAACAAUUAUUAUCAGGAUCUAAUUUGAAUGUUCCUAAAGAGGAGGACGUCUUUGAAAGUGUCAUGAGAUGGAUUAAUCAUUCUAGCUCGAAGCGACAGCACCAUCUUGGUCUACUAAUGCCAUAUGUCCGACUGCCAAUGUUACCUGUUUCAUAUUUGAUAACCGUAGUUGAGAAAGAAACAUUUGUUUCGAAGAAUUUGGUAUGUCGUGAUCUCAUUGAUGAAGCUAAGAAUUUUCAUCUUUGCCCUGAGAAAGUUUCACUAUCAGCUCGCAUUUUCCCCAGAAAGUCCUAUUCUGGUAUGUUAUUUUCCAUUGGUGGCCGAGGCAAGGGUGGUGAUCCGUUCAGCAAGAUUGAGAUUUACAAUUGGCUUGAAAAUUGCUGGACACCUGGACCACGGCUAUUAAUGCCAAGAAGACAUGUUGCAGCUGGUGUGAUUGAUGGAGUUAUUUAUGCUGUUGGUGGUCACAAUGGUAGUGAGCACUUGAAUACUGUUGAGAGUUUUCAUCCAGCAAGUGGUUCAUGGCAACUUUGCAAGCCUAUGGGAAUAUGUCGUAGAGGGAUGUCAGUUGGAAUUUUAAAUGAUAUGCUGUAUGCUAUUGGAGGUCUUGAUGAAAAUACAUGUUUUAAUCGUGUUGAGAGGUAUGAUCCCAAAAAUGAUGAAUGGACAGAAGUGGCAGCAAUGACCAUUCAGAGAGGAGGUGUUGCAGCUGUUGGUUUUAAUGGCUUUCUUUAUGCUGUUGGUGGAAACAACGGUGGAAGUUCUCUAUCUUCAGUUGAAAAAUAUGAUCCACACAGAAAUAUCUGGGUUGAUGUUACCUCUAUGAAUCAAGAGAGAGCAGGUCUUGGAGUAGCUGUGUUGGGAGGCUAUCUGUAUGCUAUUGGUGGGUUUGAUGACUCUCUUCCCUUGCAAUCAGCUGAGAGGUAUAAUCCACAUACUAACACCUGGAGUGUUGUUUCAAACAUGAAUUGUUAUCGUGGAGGAGUUGGUGUUUGUACCAUGGGUAGGAUGAUAUGGGCUGUUGGUGGUCAUGAUGGUGCAAGUUACUUGAAUACUGUUGAGUAUUAUGACAUACAAACAGAUUCUUGGCAGCUUGUUUCUUCCAUGGAGGUUGGACGUGCUGGAGCAGGUGUUGUUUCAUGUAAAUGUAACAUUGAAAAGUUUGGUAAAACAUAUGCUCUUGUUGAAACAGACAUGGUGUAAUAAAAUAAUGAUGGUCUCAACAAGAAAUGACAUUUGAAAAAUCAUAGAAUAAUGAUAAAAUGUUUGAAAUGUUUUACCACAUGUGUUAUACAAACAGUAUAUAAUUGUAUAUUUGUUAAUUGUUAGUGCACCCAUAAUUAUGUUUAGCUAUUUAUUGUAACCAUAUACUUUCACUGUACAUAUUUUAAGGCAUCAUAAUUAUAACAUAGCCAUGGGCCAUAGCCUUAUUUUUAAAAUUAGAAUAAAACAUUGAAUGGACAGCAUUUACAAUACGGUAGGAAAAGUAUAAGGCUGCCACUUCUUCAACCUAAGAGCAAAGGGCAGUGGGGACAGUUGCCCCCGCUUACCCCUUGGUUCCAGUGCCCCGGCUGAUAUGGCGAUACAAUCAUUUGUAUAUAGAUAGUAGUUUAUUACAUUCAAAAGAAUUAUGAAUUGUUUGGCAUAGCAGAGGCCAUUUGCAAUAAUGAUUACGCUAGUACAAGUAGAUAAAUCAACAGCUACUUUAAUAUAAUAACAUAUGAAUAAGUCGGUGUCAUUCCGACUGGCCCGAUUAUCAGCCUGCGAUAAUCCCAUGGUAU